GCGGGGUUGGGUGCUGGUGCCUGUGCGGGUGCCGGUGCGGGGUUGCGGGGUGCCGGCGCCUAUAUCGGUGCGGGAGGGAAGCGUUCAUUGCGUGUGGCGCUGCCCGGUACCGCGGCUGCCGUCGCUGCUGCCCAGGCAGGGUCGGAGGAGGCUGGAGGUGGCCGUGUGCCUGUGGUGACUCCGGUCUCGUCCCCCGAGGCGUGCGGCGGCAGGGAGAACGCGGCGUGCUGCUCCCUGCCGUGCUCUGUGUGGAUGCAGGCUGACUGUGACAUCUGUUCUUCAAGGUUAAUCAAUAAUCGGAGCAGCUAUUUAUGUGUCCUUAAUGCAUUUUCAUAGACCGUGCUGAAGGCCUUAGAUAUACGCAUGUGAAAAUAGAACCGAUCUUUUCAGGUCUGUGGACGUGACUUUUGCAUUGGAUGUGGACCCAACAAGCUUCUUUCUUCUGCUGUCAGUAACAGGCCUUUUACCAUGGACAAAUCUACUGCAGCUGCAGUCUCACCAAGCCUGAACUGUGAUCUGACUCCUGCAAUAAAGCCACUGGAGGCCUAUCCAGUGCAGUGACGGUGGAGGAAUUUGUUAACUUAGUUUAUGAGAGUGUCUUGGUUGGGGCUUAGAUCAUCUAACUUAGCUUCAGGCUUCCACUAGUAAGAAAAAAAACCACAAAACUCUGAAGAUCCUUAUACAGAAUGACUUGUGUGAACUGCUUCAGAGCCUUAGACUGUACUGAAAACCUACAGCAAAGUCUGAAAUUACUUACUAAGUGCAGAGAUAUUUUUCCCCUAAUUUUUUUGUGAUUCUACUUGGAAGACUAAAUGCAACACAUCAGGUGUUAAGGCUGUCUUUUGCUGGAGUGAAGCAUAACUUGGGAAUGAGAAGAAGAAAUUUAAAAGAGACAGAUCACCAUGUUCCCCUUCACGAGUUCUUCAUCUUCGUCAAAUUCCAAAUCAUGCUACUGAGGCAGAAAUUAUUUCAUUAGGCCUCCCUUUUGGCAAAGUAACCAACCUCUUGAGGCUUAAGGGAAAAAAUCAGGCAUUUUUGGAAAUGGCUUCUGAAGAAGUUGCUGUUACUAUGGUGAACCACUAUACUUCUUCUAUACCUUACCUCCGCAGUCAGCCUGUUUAUAUUGAGUAUUCCAAUCACAAAGAACUCAAGACUGACAAUCUACCAAAUCAAGCUAGAACCCAAGCUGCAUUGCAAGGUGUGAAUGCUAUGCAGUCUGGAAGCCUGGCUUUUACAGGUGCUUUUGCUGCUGAAGGUGGGGUCCUUCCAGGUCAAGGUUCUAUUCUUCGCAUCAUUAUUGAAGAUCUUUUUUACCCUGUCACUUUAGAAGUGCUGUAUCAGGUUUUCUCUAAAUUUGGAUCUGUCUUGAAGAUUGUCACCUUCACUAAGAAUAAUCAGUUCCAAGUUUUGCUUCAGUAUGCUGAGCCAAUGCAUGCAUAUUAUGCCAAAAUGGCUCUGGAUGGCCAAAAUAUCUACGCUACGUGCUGCACUCUGCGUAUCGAUUUCUCUAAGUUAACUAGCCUUAAGGUAAGGUACAACAAUGACAAAAGUAGAGAUUUCACUCGCCUUGACCUUCCUUCUGGUGAUAUCCAGCCAGUUCUGGACCCCUCCAUAGCUGCGUUUGGCACCCAAAAUUUCCUCUUUCCGUCGUAUGCAGGGGCUGCUGGGUUUGCCCCACCCUUGGGCUUUGCUCAAGAUGCUGGUCUUUCGGUUCCAGCUGUUCCUCCAGCACUUGGUUCUCUUGCAGUCAUGUCACCUGCAGUGCCUGGACAGAUGACUAUUCCUGGUGUUACUGGUGCUCCAGUAAAUUCUGUUUUACUAGUCAGCAACCUCAACCCUGAAGUCAUCACACCAUAUGGGCUUUUCAUCUUAUUUGGUGUGUAUGGUGAUGUGCAUCGUGUGAAGAUCAUGUUUAAGAAAAAAGAAAAAGCUUUGGUUCAGAUGGCAGAUGCAGUCCAGGCUCAAAUAGCUAUCAACUAUUUGAAUGGACAGAGGCUUUAUGGAAGGGUCCUCCAUACUACUUUUUCAAAACACCAAAUAGUUCAACUUCCUCGUGAGGGACAUGAGGACCAAGGUCUCACAAAGGACUAUAGCAAUAGCCCUUUACAUCGCUAUAAGAAGCCUGGCUCUAAGAACUUCCAAAAUAUCUUUCCUCCAUCUGCCACCCUUCAUCUCUCCAAUAUCCCGCCUUCUGCUACUGUUGAUAAUCUGAAGAACCUUUUUACAAGUACUGGAUCUACUGUGAAAGCCUUCAAAUUUUUCCAGAGAGACUGCAAAAUGGCUCUUAUCCAGCUGGGCUCUGUGGAAGAAGCAGUUCAUGCUCUCAUUGAGCUUCACAAUCAUGACCUUGGAGAAAACCAUCACCUCCGAGUUUCCUUCUCAAAAUCUACAAUCUGACACGUGUGAGCUUUCAAGACUGCAUCACAAUUUUAGUAAAAUCUUCAAAUAGAGACUGAAAUAGCUGUGACCAGCUCUGUCUCGUAAAAGAAAAAGCUCAUUCGUACACAAAGUUAAGUGAUGAUUGUUUCUGAUUUUAGCUGCCAGUUUGUGAUCAAAGUUUAAUAUUCACCCAUAGAAAGAUUCUUCUGUGGAGUAGCUUUGGCAACAAUAUUUAUCAUCAAAUUUCCUACCUUACAAUUAUAUUUUGAGAACAUGCUUUUAUUUUUUGUUUGAAAGCAGCCUUACAAAACAUUUUAGAGUGCUUUUCCAAUGUACCAAACAGAGUGUUUCUAACAAAAUGAUAAAUCUGCUUUACACAGAUAGAACACUAAUUUGAAUGUGAAGUAGUGCUUGGGUUUCUUGAAGAAAAGCAAACUGGCUGCAAGUGUCCUCUAAAUAGUGUUUGUGUUACCAGAGUGUGUGUUCAUACUUUGGCAAAUUUUACAAAUUUUUAAAAAGCAAAAAGUCUGUGCUGUUCAUAUGGGUUAAAUUAUUAGAGAAAAGGCAGUGCCUUCUCUCUGUGGAGUAAAAUAUAUUUGACAAGUUUCUUCAAAAUGUGGUAUCAGAGAGAGCUUGACUUAACCAUAGAGUGGAAGUUUGAUGUCUUAUUUUUACUAUGAAAUGAAGUGUAACAGGACUUUGGGGAAAAUAAGACAAGAAAAUAGUCCUGAUUUCAAAGAAUUUUUUACAUUUCUUUAAAGAAUAAAAUGUUUACAAUCUUAUGGAAAAUAUUCAGGUCUAUGAUACUUUGACAAAUUUUUAAGAAGUUAUUUUUGUUAAGGUCAUCUUUGGGGGAAGAAACAUUAAACCUCAAGAGUUUUUUGUACCACUAUGAUGUCUAAUACUUAAAUUACUGUGUAUUUACUUAAUUUCUUAUUAUGUGCCUUACUAUGUGCUUAUGAUACAAUAGCUUAGAUUUAUAUCUGAAGUAUCUUGAGAAACAUGUUGUUGGCUUUGUGAAAAUUCUCUUUGUAAUCUUUUUGGAAAUGUUUUCCUUGAUACUUCAAUUUUUUUUUAUGUACUUUUCUGAAUUCUAGUCUCUUGUGCUUUGGUACAGAGAUUGGAUAGAGGUGGGAAAGAGGUUUAAUUCAUUGCACAAUCAUAUGGGGAUCCUUUGAAUUUACCUGUUUGCAGUGGUCUGAAAACUGGCUGAAAAAAAUUUCACACUUGGAAGAAUGCACUAAAAAAAUCUAUAUAGAAAGACCAAAUAGCAAUUCACUCCAGUUUCUGGACUCCAUUUAACUUUUUGAGACCAUUGGCUGUAUCAGAAUGUUCUCUUUUGUUUGUUUUUGUUUUUUAUUUCUCUCAGUAUUAAUCUUCAAUUAAUAAAGAGUUAGCGUUCUUUCCUUUGUAAUUGUGAAUAAAUGUCCAGUACUGAAUGACCAUUUCUCUUUGGAGGGUGAACUGAGUUGCUGUUACCCUUGUGUUGCAAGUACGUAUGAACUUCAGUGAUUUCUGAUUGUAUUUUAGAAAGUUAAAUUUAAUUUUAAAAGACUUUCUAGCUUUUACUUAACCACCUUUUAAGGAACUAUUCCUCUCAAACAUAGCAUUUCUUUCUUUCUAACUACUGCAGUAUUUUCUUCUACUGUAAUGUUUUGCCACUCAUUCAUUCUGUUUUCUCAUUAAUUUCUAUGAAUUGCAUGACCUUUUUUCUAUCUUUCUAGACUAAAGGGCAUGUUUCUACCAUGAUAUGAAUAUUCUGGAGUAAGCUUUUUCAAAUUUUCUAUCUGAAUUAUUUCUGCAAAAUCAGUGAGGUUAUUGCCUUAUUUUAAUGUAUGUAAAGUAAUCAGAGAUGCAGCAGCCAAUCAUAGUAAAGAUGGUGCCAGACCUCUAUACUGCAGCAAUAGUGUGCUAUUUGACAGUAGAUGCAGUGCCGACUGAGUACAUAUGUAGCUACUACAAGUGCUGUAGUACAUAAAUAAAUAUUCAGAAUGUGGUAUUUACUGGAAAGCGAAGUUGGCUUAGGGAUAAUUUACAAUGUUGUCAUUGGGAUUAGAGAUAGCCAUUCUGUUUCUCCCUUUCUGAAAUAGCUAGUUUGGUGAAGUUUGAAACCAAAUUGUUUCUUUUUUUAGUAUUUAAUAAGUAGUUGUGUGGUACCAGAACACCCCAUUAAGAAGUUACACAUUUAUGAUUUUCACAAAAAAAUCAUACAUGCAGUUGUAAGCAGGCUUGUUAAUUUGCAAAGGCCCUUUUUCACUGAGAUACUUAAUUCUAAUUCAUAUCUAUGUUUUAGCUUGUUAGUGGUCACAUUGAUAUCAGUUAAAGAGAAUCUUGCUGGACUGGGAAUGCUCGUCGUCUACUGCACAUAAUUUUGUUUGAUAAUAUUAGGCCAUUAGCCAUAAAAUGUGCUUUGUCACUUCUUUAAGCAUUACAUCUACAGCGGAGCAGCAUCAUAUUAGAUCUGAAUGUAACUCGAAAGCAAGAAAAAAGGAAUCUUAAAUUUGAGAGCUAAUGUUGGCACAUAUAAUAUCAUGAAUAGUAUUUGUCUACUGCCUGCAUAAUGUGUUACAUGUGUAUACAAGCUUGUGAAUCCACAUGCAUUUUAAUUUAUUGACUCAGAUAGCAGAAAAUGGGAAAGCUUAGUCAGACAUAAAGAGAUGUGGGCCUCUGACAUUCUGUCAAAAAGAGGAAGAAAUAAUUUAUCAGCUUUAAUUUAAUGUUAGAGUAUAGCUAAUGUCAGCUCUGGGCUGUUUGUAGAAGCCUAUGGUAUAAGUUAGCAGAGAUUUAUGUUUUUUUAAUUUAAGAAACCUCUAGGUGGUAGACAUUUAUGACAAUUGCUUUUUGGUUUUGUGAUACAUUUAUCAUAUAUCAUUUUAAUUCUCGUUUGUUGUUCUGUUUCUGUAGUUGAAUUGUUCUUGUCAACUUCUAGAUUUGUAUUAAAUAUUAAAGAUGCUGCCUCUUGCAGAGGUAUACUUUUACAAGAAGUGCAGGCAAACUUCAAUAUAUAUGUAUUUAUGUCAAGUCCACAAGUCAGCUCCAGGUUACCUCCAGCUCCAAUUUUUGGUGGAUGAACACUUGAUUCAAAAUGUAGUAAGGCCUUUUUAACAAGCCAGGAGCAGCUUAGUGCCUUUUCAAAUAAUCUGUAAUUUUGUUGCAUAAUGGUUAAACUUUUGCUUCUUUGAAUUUGUUCAAAUGUCUUUGAAUAUCAGAACAAAUUUCUGAAACUUUGAUUCAUAAUUAGACUUGGUUGCCUUGUCUGCUGGUCCUGUCAGUUGCACUUUUUUUGUGCAUUGAUAGAGGUCCCUUUUAUGCCUAAUAUAUUCCAUACAUCUAAGGAGAUUUGCCUAUAUUUGACAUUCUCUGAUUACUGGUGAGAAACCUAUGUUUGUAUGCCAAGAAAAGCAUUUGCCUUUGUUGAUGAAACUGCCGAUGUGAUCAAAUAUCUUGCCCUCCUCUGAUUUUUGUUAGUAGGAAUGUGGCAAGUUAUUUUUUUUAUAAGGGAUGUCAACCUAUUACUUGUCAUUGUAUACUGUUAGCUGUUUUUCAAAUGAGAGGUAAAUUGCUUACAAAAGUAUUGUUUUACCUUUUCAUUUUGCCCUGGUACAUUGUUAACUAGAGCAGAACUACCAGACUUUGUCUUCUAACUGUUCAGGGAACAAAAUUGGACCCAAAUUUAUGUGCCUUCAGUAGUUUUACAUGUAGGGAGGUUUGUUGCAGUUUUAAGUAUAAGAAAUAUUCUUUCCCUCCUUUGAAAAUGUAUAUUUAUAUUGUUAAAAAUGAAUGUUGUCCACUGGCUAUAAAAGCACUGAAUUACAGUUGUUUCAAUAGAGAUUUAAUUAUCCCUCUGCCUUUACCAUUACAGUUUCUUUUCUUCCAUACUGCAACAUGCAGGAAUCCAAGCAUAACCCACGUAUUUCCAACUUUAAGUAGUAAUAACGUGUUGUGCCUGGAGCCAGUCCCAGAGAAAUGAAGUGCUUAUGUAUUUGAAGGUCCUUGAUAGAUGAAGAAAGCCAUUACCUUUGUAGGCUAGUGUCAUCACUGUAAGCAGUUUUUCAGUUCUUGGAAACUGCAGUAUUUAUGAGUGGGAAGCUACCAUCUAUGAACUUAGUCAAUUUUAAGCACUUUGCAAUUCUUUUUCCAGUAUGUUAUCUGCGUUCUGCAAAAGUUCACCCUUGAACAGCAGCAGCACAAGACAAAGGUUGCAUCAGAACAUCACCUCGCUCCCUGACCAAAGACUGACUGUUCUGGUUUUAUUGAGACAUUUUGUGGAAACCCUGCCUUUUCUGUCAGACUCCUCUCUGAAUGAAGAUCCAAUGCAAAGUGGCCUUUACUUGAAACUACUGUUGGUGCAUGAAGCAGUGGAAAAUGAGGUCGUAAUGUGAACCAAAUGGUGUGAGAUAAAGCAAGAGGCUAAUGGACUACUUUUAGUACUGUAUUCGAAACACACAAAGCAUGACUAAGAACUGCUGACGUUCCCUUAUUUAACGUGAUCUGUUCAUAAAAGGUUCCUUUCAGUUUAUAAAAAUGUUCAUCUAGAAUAAGAAAAUGCCAUAAAUAUUUGUAAUGUUAUGUAUUGGGUUUUUUUAAAACAACUUGGCAAAAAGUGUUUUGGGGAACAAAUGGGAGUGUAAAAUGUUUUUAUAUAAAAAAACAAUUGUCUUGUAUAUUUUAAUAAGCAACAGCUUUCAUUUGUAAAGCAUCUUGUGGCAUUGCAGAGAAAGAAUUCCAUGUCUGUUGAGAUGACUUAAAACUGAAAAGAAGAUAUAAUAUUAAAGAAACCUAUUUUCUGACUGUGUAGUGCAUAGUUAAUUUGAUUUUGUUUAUUGUUGCAAUAUGUUCUGUUUCUUUUAGAUCAGUGUAUUUGCUGAUUACUUAUGUCUAUUCCUAACUCUUUUCCUAACUCUGCUUGUAGCAUGCUAUUUAAUAAAUGUCAGUACAGCGGUACUCCUAAAUUUUGCUGUGUUCUUGUCUAUUGCUUUGGGUUUUUUCUUUUCUUAUAAUUGUGCAGCUAAUAAUGUCCUGGUUUCUGUUUGGUUUGGUUUGUUUGGUUUUUUUUCUUUAGUGUAUGUGGCCAUCUAAGCAAAGUUUUUUAAUAUCAAAAGUAUUUUAGGAGGACUAAUGCAUAUUAACAACAGUUGAAGUUCAGCAGCACCUAAACUCUCCCCUGCACAGGGUAGAAAUUCUCAUUUUCAGUAGGAUGAAAAUGUAUUCUACAACCUUGAACCAAUACAGCAUCUGAAGACUGCUUAAUUCUUUGAUACGGGGAUUACAGACUUCAAGCCUUGGGAGCCCCGUCAAUGAGAAAUUUUUUUUUCGUUUUCUCUUUUAUCGUGCUGUACCCUUUCCUAGCCUUAGAAUUCAAGUUUGUGUCAUUUGCUCAAAUUUUUUUAAAUAUGCAAAUAGUAGCUGAAAAAGAUGGUCUGCUUUCAGCUUUUUGUUUCUUAACUUUCUUGUUGAUAGCUUUUCUUUUAUACUGUCUGCUUGUCCUUCUGUGUGUUACACAACACUAAUUUAGACCCUUUAAUUCAUGCAUUCAAAAUUCUGGAUUGAUGGUAAAGAGACAGUAGUUUAAAGUAAAACAUAUAAGCAUGUGGAUAAUGUGGGAGGGCAGUGCCUCCUUCUUAGCUAAAAUUCUCAGCCACUCCAGUGGAUGUAAUUGCCUGAUGCAAGGCUAAGCCUAGCAGAUCUUGAAGAAUCUGAAGCCCCAUUGAUGUACUUAAUGACUGCCUGAGUCUCAAGGCAUAAGACCAGAGCACUGAACAAACCUAGUGUAAAGUAUGCUAUUACCAGUCUAGGAAUGUAGAUGCUUUUGUAGGGAGAAAAAUCUAAUUUAACUGAGACUGGACUGCAGCUUUCAGCAAAAUGCCUGUUGUCAGAAGGCUAGGUGCCUACUCUGCAAACAUAACUCUUGAUUUUGUCCUCAAUCCUAAUGUACAUCAUACGGUGUCUGAAGUUGGAAGGAACCCACAACAACCAUAGAGUCCAGCUCCUGUCCCUGCUUAGGACACCCCCAAAAUUCACACCCUGUCUGAGGGCAUUGUCCAAAUGCCUCUUCUUGAAGUGCCCUUCUCAUGUAUUCAAAUGAGAUAUCUCCUAAGAAAAUCUGUGGUUCAUUGGGUCAGGUCACAAUGAUUUUCUUCUGUAUUGGUAUUUUCACAAGUUUUGGGGCUGCCAGAAAUAUUUGGGCAAUAUAUCAAGAAGUUUUACAAUGAAACUUGGGAAAGAAGAUAUGUCUUCCUGGUGGAUGAAAGCACGCUGACUCUUCUCUCGUCUAAAAUAUUCAAUGAGCACUCUGGAAAAAAUGUUAGCUUUUCGUGGCCAAAAUCUUGCUUUAUGGUUUUGGCCAUGUCUGCCUGAAGAAGUGUAGUAGUAGAGUGGAAUUCCUACCUGUCAU